AUGUCGGACCCUUUUCUCUACGACUACCCGUCACCACUGGAAGGCUACGAAAACCUGCCUCCGCUCCCGGACGAGUUGAACGAGGAUGGGAAAUCUUUCAAGAAUCCCCAGACCGGUGUUUUGAGUCCUAGCUAUGAGAAAUUCACCUCCGGCGUGACCAACGGCCGCCGCGGUGGCUUUGACAUCCACAUCUAUUAUCAUCACGGUAGCGAGUUCGAGAGGAAUUUCGCUCGAGCCCUGUGGGAGAGAAUCCGUAGGGAGUUUCCAGAGUUGAGAAUAUACAAAUUUUGGGAUCGCCCGGUCGGGCCUCACCUCGUAGCGAUGUUCGAGGUCAAUGUCUUCACCCCGGCGCAGUUCGGGGCCUUUAUCCCAUGGCUGGUGAUCAAUAGAGGACCUCUGUCGGCACUGGUACAUCCAAACACGGAGGACGGGGACGAGCUGAGAGACCAUAGCCAGCGGGCGACGUGGCUCGGUGAUCGAAUGCCACUCGAUCUGAGACUUUUGAAGGUUUACAUGGACAAGAGGAAGCGAGAGCAGGGACAGGCAGACGGCACAAAGGAAUGA